CGGUUUAACAAACAUACUAACGUAAUCCUCAAUAUAAGUCAAUUCACAUUCCCUCUCACAUAUUCUCUCAUGGGAAACCAAAUAGCCACAGAUCAUGCCACCGCCAAAAUCAUCUACUGGGAUGGUUCCGUUCAAGAGUUUCACCAAUCGUUAACGGUGGCGGAGCUCAUGAUGGAGCACCCACAACAGGUUGUGCUUGAUUUUCACUCCGCCGUCAACCAGAAAAGGCCAACGCCGCUUCCGGCAGACCAAAAGCUCGAGAUGAAGAAAACCUACGUGAUGGUUCCGGUGAAGCAAGGGAAGCCUGUGGGGUUGAGCACCGAGGAUAGUCGCCGCAUUCUCUUCAUCGUUAACUCUGCUCUGUGUUCCAAGUUUUUUGUUUCUUCUUCGGGGUUUCUUCCUUGGCUUGCAGGGUUGUUCCGAUCUGAGAGAGGGGUUGCAGUGUUGCAGGAAAAAGAAAUGGAGAACGCCGAAGAAAAGUACGGUUUUUGUGAGUUUUUGCCGGAGAUGGCGGAAGGGAGACCGGAGUAUUUGAGUAGGCAGUUGUCGGGAAAAGGUUGGAAACCUAGUUUGGACACCAUUAAAGAGAAGAAGGUUAACACAAAAGUAUCUCGUUGGUUACUGUUCCUCAAAACCUUCACUGCAGCAAAGAUUUAGAUUUUAUUAUAUUCUGUCACAUUCAGUGAGUGUUGGUUUAUGUGGGCAUGGCUUGUGUUAUGUAUGUGUAUAUCUCGCGGUGAAUUAGUUUGUAAAACUGAUGUUUGAAGGAGAUGAAGCCUGUUCUGUUUAGAUGUUAUCAAAAUCUAGCAAGACUUACAAAAUGUGACCUCCUAUCAUAUA